GGCUCGGGCUCUCCGGGCCGGCACGCGGCGGCGCCCCCUCCCCUCGCCGCGGGCCUCCCGGCGCCGAGCACGUCCCCGUGCCGCGCCUCCGCCCCUCGCUGGCUCGCUGCUUCCCGCCCUCCCCGCAGCGCCGGCCGUGCCGGCUUCCCCUCCGUCUCUCAUGAAUAUUGAGCGGCCCCUGUUGUAUUUCCCGAGCUCCAUUGCGGAAGCCGAGGCUCGCCAUAUUGUGCGGCGGCGCAGGCGGCCGCGGCGGCUGAUGAUCUGAGUCUCGCUCCGGCCGCGGCCAGCGGAGCCCCGGGCUGGGGCAGGAGCCGUGAUGUCUCAGGCUGUGCAGACCAACGGAACUCAGCCAUUAAGCAAAACAUGGGAACUCAGUUUGUAUGAAUUACAGCGAACACCUCAGGAGGCAAUAACAGAUGGCUUGGAAAUUGUGGUUUCACCUCGAAGUCUACACAGUGAAUUAAUGUGCCCAAUUUGUUUGGAUAUGUUGAAGAAUACCAUGACUACAAAGGAGUGUUUACAUCGAUUUUGUGCAGACUGCAUCAUCACAGCCCUUAGAAGUGGCAACAAAGAAUGUCCUACCUGCCGGAAAAAGCUAGUUUCCAAAAGAUCACUAAGGCCAGACCCAAACUUUGAUGCGCUCAUCAGUAAAAUUUAUCCAAGUCGUGAUGAAUAUGAAGCUCAUCAAGAGAGAGUGUUAGCCAGGAUCAACAAGCACAAUAAUCAGCAAGCACUCAGUCACAGCAUUGAGGAGGGACUGAAGAUACAAGCCAUGAACAGAUUACAGCGAGGCAAGAAACAACAGAUUGAAAAUGGCAGUGGAGCAGAAGACAACGGGGACAGUUCCCACUGUAGUAAUGCAUCCACACAUAGCAACCAGGAAGCAGGCCCUAGUAACAAACGGACCAAAACAUCUGAUGACUCUGGGCUUGAGCUUGAUAAUAACAACGCAACAGUGGCAAUUGAUCCAGUCAUGGAUGGUGCUAGUGAAAUUGAAUUAGUGUUCAGGCCUCAUCCCACACUUAUGGAAAAAGAUGACAGUGCACAGACAAGAUACAUAAAGACUUCAGGAAACGCCACUGUUGAUCACUUAUCCAAGUAUCUGGCUGUGAGGUUAGCUUUAGAAGAACUUCGAAGCAAAGGCGAGUCAAACCAGAUGAACCUUGAUACAGCCAGUGAGAAGCAGUACACCAUUUACAUAGCAACAGCCAGUGGCCAGUUCACCGUAUUAAAUGGCUCUUUUUCUUUGGAAUUGGUCAGUGAGAAAUACUGGAAAGUAAACAAACCCAUGGAACUUUAUUACGCACCCACAAAGGAGCACAAAUAAGCCUUUAAAACCAAUUCUGAGACUGAACUUUUUUAUAGCUUAUUUCUUUAAUAUUAAAGAUGUACUGUCAUUACUUUUAUGGACAGAUCUUGGAUAUGUUGUUCAGUUUUCUUUCUGAGCCAGACUCGUUUACACUAGUCAAAUCUUUUUCCCUUAAUUUAAGAUAUCCUUUAUGGAAGGGACUGCAGUUAUUCAGUACUUUUUGUUCCUUUAAAAAAUAUUAUCUAAGUUGUAUUCACAAAGUGUGGUUCCAUUUGGAGUACCUUUUGGGCCCAGGAAUUUUUCAUAGUUCUGUAUUCUUAAGGAAAGGUUCAGUUGACCAUCCUUUUCCCUGUCUCUUCAAAAGUUUUUUAGGCUUAAAGAAUGUUAAAUAAUAUGUAUUCUGACUUUUUUUCCCUGGAGUCAUGUAUAUUUAUAGUUUUCUAUAUAAACUGUAGUAUCUUCAUGAAGAAAGACCAAGGCUCAAAUUUACUGUGCUAAACAAUUCUCAUAGGAUUGUUCCUUUCAUGGUAUUUUCCUCCAUAAUAUCUCAUUUAAAGAAAGUUCUUUAUGAACUUAGUGUCCAUUGUCAUGCAAUGUUAUUUUUUUUUCCAUUCUUUUUCCCUAUAAUUUUCUAAUUUUUGGUCUUGGAAAGAAUCAAACAAAAUCUUAAGUUCUGUGAGAACUUAAAUCAUUGACAGAUUUUGCUAAAGAAAGAGAAAUUAAAUUGGUAGUAAUAUGUAGUCUUCAAAUGUAUAUUUAGGAGUGCUUUUUUUUGGUAUUCUGCUGUCACUUCAGUUCCUUUAUUAUGCGUUUGAUGUUUUUCCUAUUAAAAUACCAGAGAUAAGGGGGUAUUUUGCACUUUAGCCUUGAUAAAAGUAUAAGAUAUGUUCAAAGCUUCCCUGAUUCUUUUCUUACUGAUAGCCACAUAAGUUUCGAGAAUAACAUGGCAAAUAGAACAGUGGAGAAAAGUUUGCUUCCAUUUGAAAAGUGUGCUUAGCAUUUUGUGUUGCCAUUAUCAGUUUAUAAAUCUGGUGCUCUGCUAAUUACACUCUAGAAGCAGGUUAAUGGAGCUUGAGCCCUGCCUUGAUAGGUAGCGAAAGACAAUUCUAUAGAAGAAUGCCAGGCAGUAGAGUAAAAUCAUUGGACUCUUUAAUUUUUAUAUUCGAGGGACAGUGUUGGAUGUUUGGGAAGCAGAAGGCUGUAUGCUGACAGGUCAGAAAUAAGAUCAACUUGUGUGUUAUUUUUUGUCCUUGUCCUGAGUCUAGGUGUGUUUCCAAGUUUAUAUUAUCACAGUAUUUAAAAAUACAUGUUUGCAUUGAAAAAGUAGCCCCAAAGCAUUUUUAGAUGGGAGGGAGUAGACUUUCGGUACCGUUGUAACUAAAGUCUGUCCAGUCAUUGUAAAUAUUUAUCUGUCAAUUUUGACAGAUUGGGGCCAGCUGAUGUUUUAAAUCUUUAAGCCCAAUAUGAAAACUUAAAAGCUUACUCAGUUUUUUAUCACUUUAUUGAAAAUAUUUACAAUCUGUUUUUACAGUUUUUUUUGUAAUGCGUGCCAGGACAUUUGAAAACCACCAAAAGUCAAGGGAACUUUUAUAUUCAAUUCCUUUUCUGGUGUAGUGUUAAGUUGUAUAGAUUAAUGCAUGCCCACUGAAUAUAACCCUCGUUUUGUGAUAAAACUGCUUAGAUUUUGUUGGUGACAUUAGAUUAGUGGUUGCAUUAAAUAACUACAUUCCCAUUGUGAUUAUUGAAAUUUUGUCUUUAAGCAAAGAGUUAUUUGUGAAUAUAAGCUUUGUGUUUAGAGAAUGUAUGUGUUUUUAUCUGUCAGUAUGGGAGGAUAUAAACUGCAUCAUUAG